AUGGCUUAUCAGCCUAGUUCCGGUAAUGAAGAAAUCCAAGAGAAUGACAUCUAUAAAAGCACCUUUAAACAGUUUAAGUUAAACGGCAAUUCUGUUGAUGCGGCAAUUGACGCUGCCGCCGACUCUGCUCACCCUGAGUUGAUUCUGCUAGAUGCUAAACCAGCAAGCGAUACAAUACCAGAAUGCUCUACAAAAGAGCACUUUAAACCGUACGAUGAAUGGAAAAUGUUCACGCUGAAGAAUGCCGUUCCUGGGCUGAUAAUUAUUCCAGGAAUUCUUCGAGACCAAUACCGCAUGGACUGGUUUGGGCAUUUUCACGAUGAUCUUCCAAUGAGAGAUGGCUACGAUUUUAAAGCAAACACAGCUUUAAAAGAAGCGGACACUUUAGAGAAACUUCGGUGGAUCACUUUUGGCUAUCACCACAACUGGGACAGUAAAUUGUACACGCUGGAUCAGCCGUCAGUGGUAAUUCCUGAGCGCAUUCAAGAUCUCAGCAAAGUCAUCAGUACUUACUUGAACUUGCCCAACUUUUGUCCUCAGGCGGGAAUAGUCAACUACUACAAUCGAAAAUCUACUCUCUGCUUUCAUACUGAUGACUCUGAACUUGAUCACACUAUUCCACUGCUCAGCUUCAGCCUUGGAUCACCUGCAAUCUUCCUUAUCGGGGGUCAGUCAAAAGAAGCAUCUACUCCCAUUGUACCACUGCUGCUGCGAGACUCUGAUGUGCUGAUCAUGACAGGCGAUAGUCGGCUAGCCCUACACGCAGUGCCGAGAAUUGUUGUCGAAGACGAAUGUGGAAAAAUUGCCAAACGAAAGGUACAAAAAACGGGCGACAAGUCGAAAAUCUACCGAAUCAACGUGAACGUGAGACAGGUGAUGCAAGUCGAUUCAAAAUGA